CUUAUAAUCAGGUAAUUGUGCUGCGUGGGCCGGGCUGUGUUACAAGAAUAUUAACGUCAGCGAGGGACAACUUUCUUUUGCGUUAUUAAGCGUCUUUAGCGCAAUGAAUCCCGCCAGCAGCACAGAUGAUGCAAACAAGCCAGAAGGACAAGAUUUGUACCUGGGGUCCUACGAGGUUUCUUUCCCCCCGACGGAGAGCAUGGAGAGGCCCACCUCCUACCACCACGGUCAACAGAUGAUGGACGAGCACGCCAUGCAGGAGCCUUCCCCAUCGCAGUACAGCCCCUUCAUCCUGGUCUCCAACCUGCGAGCGCACCUCUACGUGGCGCUGGAGAAGAACGCCUGGCUGCAGAAGCGCGUCGAAGAGCUGGAGGAAGAGCGUAACUUCCUGCGCUGCCAGCUGGAUCGUUUCAUUGUCAGCAUGUGGAGUCACGAGGCAGUCAUGGGUCGUUCGUUUCCAGACUGGUGCGGUGAUGCCCAGCGUGGUGUGAAGGUCCAGCCUGCCGGCACUCCCAGCCCACCCUCUUCCAUGACUACCAGGUCCGGAAUGACCCUAAAGCGCCUGCAGGGACCCGGAUGUCGCACCCGCCACGGAGCCGCUGUCCCUGCCACAGUCAAACAGGAGUUUCACCUGGAGGAAGACAACUACUAUACUGACCAAGAGUACCUGGAAGAGGAGGAGGUGGAGGAGGAUGAAGAGGCAGACUCCUCGGUGGAGGCGGGGUCAAAGAAAAAAGGCAGAGGACGCACGGGGGAGCCCAGGAUGAAGAUGAGGAGGAUCUUCCGCAUCACCCACGGGAGGGAGAGACAGCGAGUCAAAGACCCAGAUGGUGUUUUGAUCCGCUACAAGAAGAUCCUGACCACAUACCAGCGCGUCAGGAGCAUGUCCAGAGCCUUUCAGAUUCACGGAGUUGACCGAAACACCAUGGCCUCCACUUCCCCAAUCGCUGAGGUCCUGCUGGUGGCACCAGAGAAGAUGGAAGAUGUGGGCGAGUUUGAGGCAUCAAAGGAGAAGCUGCUGGAUUACGCCAGACGCUGCUACAAAAUCAUGGACGAGCAGACGCACGCUAAAGUCCAGACUAUGAAGAAGACUCACAAGCUGCUGCCCAUCUCCUAUCGUUUCAGAAACUGAGCCUUUUUUGUUUAAAGUCUAGAUAGUUUGUAUUUUGUUCUACAAUUUAUGUUUGUUAUGAAUGCAACUGAGAUAGGCUCCAGCACCCCCCGCCACCCCAAAAGGCACAAGCGGUAGAAAAUGGAUAGAUGGAUGACAUAAUAUGGCAUUUUGUUGUUUGUAACUUCAGCAGUUGUUGAACUUAAUUUGUUCAUUUGUGUCUGGUGACCCAAUUGUGUUGUACUUUGAUAAAUAAUUUAUUUUCUGAAUUUCUUGAGGUUUGAACAAUAUGUUUUUCGGGAAAAAAGUUGGUCUCCGAGUUGAAAUAUUAAAAAUGCAUGCAUA